UUGUCAGUUCUAUAUAGGUCUGUCAUGCAUUUGUCCGGGGCGGAGAGCUGGAAAGUUCGUACAGUCUGUAUACCGCUGCUCAACAAAUUGGUCAAGAACUUGCUUCUCAUCGACCUCCCUGGAUAUGCCUCCUUGGAAAAGUGGAAAACAUGCUUUACACUUUUGGAUGCAGUUUCUCAAGACUCUGGUGGUGUUCUCUCUGUGUGGCAUAAUAUCUGCAUACUCUAAUGUACAUGAAUUAAUGUCCUCAUAUCCACUGAUUGAUGGUCAUAAUGACUUAGCUCUCCAGCUGAGGAUUCGUCACAGCAAUUGCCUGAGCCGAAUUGACCUUCAUAAUGUCAGCAAAGUGGCCACUGACAUAUCCCGUCUCCAAGCAGGCCAUGUGCAGACACAGAUGUUUGCAGUCUACGUGCUUUGUGGGGCCCAGCAGAAGGAUGCUGUUAGGCUCACUCUGGAACAAAUAGAUGUGGUGAGACGUAUGUGCACCGAGUACCAUGAGUUUGAGCUUGUCACAUCUGUCCAGGAGCUAAACAGUUCUAAGGACAGGGGUAAGAUAGCCUGUCUAAUAAGUAUUGAAGGAGGCCACUCUAUUGACAGCAGCCUUCCAGCCCUGCGGAUGUUUUACCAGCUUGGGGUCCGCUCCAUGAGUCUCACACAUUCUUGUAAUACACCCUGGGCUGAAUCAUCCUCAGAUUUUUACAAUGUUUUUCAGAGACAGAAUAACAGCCUGACCCCCUUUGGGAAGGCUGUGGUGGAGGAGAUGAACAGACUUGGAAUGAUAGUGGACCUCUCCCACACCUCUUGGAACACAACCUUGGCCGUGCUGAAUCAUUCUAAGGCUCCAGUUAUAUUUAGCCAUUCAUCUUCCUACUCCAUAUGUAACCACAACCGCAAUGUUCCUGACAGCCUGCUACGUGAGCUGAAAAAGAACCAAGGGUUGAUCAUGGUGAAUCUCCACAGCCAGUUUAUCUCCUGCAGAGACGUGGCUAGCAUCUCUCAUGUGGCUGACCAUUUUGAUCACAUUAGGAAAGUGAUUGGAGCUGAAUCAAUAGGAAUUGGAGGGGAUUAUGAAGGCGCUACAAGCUUCCCUCAGGGGUUAGAAGAUGUCUCAAAAUACCCUGCUCUAAUCCAGGAACUGAUGAAAAGAAACUGGACCGAGUACGAGUUGGCUGGCGUCCUUCGAAAUAAUUUCUUGCGUGUAUUUGACAAGGUUGAGAGGGUCCGUGAUCAGUUGAGGUCAAACCUUCCCAGCGAGGUCCAGAUCCCAUUAGAAGAGGUGCAGAACCCAUGCAGACUAGUCCUUAGACGUCCUGACCCAAAAAGCCUGCUCUCAAAUCCAUCCUCCAGAGCAGAAUGCGGAUUACCUGAUCUACUAAUCCUGGCCACAGUCCUGAUGCUUUCCAGACUAAUUUUGAUUGAAUGAAUAUUAACAAUCUCAGUUCAGUUGUGCCAUCUUUUUUUAAAGUUGUAUAUAUGUAUAAAGGAGAACUUAAUGAGUUUGCUGUAGCCAUUUGUGGGUCAUCACAGUGAGUGCUGCACAUGUCAGUAAAGAUUAUCAGGGAUUAAUCAGUUUCUUACAAAAAACAUUUAAAGUUUUUGCUAUAUUUUAAACGCAAAGUCCUGUUCAUACAUUAAAUCAAUAAAAAAAAAAAAA